UAAAUUCCCGCCAAAGCAUUCAUAGUCUUCUUUUUCGCUGUCGACACGUAUUGGGGACCCACGUAUUGAUAUUCUUUGUUCGCAAGUUCAUGUAUCUCGGUAGAAUUUCCAUCUCCUAAAGCAGCUAUCUGUUUCAGUUUGUAGGGUGUUCGUGCAGAUCACUGGAUUGCAUAAGAUGUAUGGAAAAAAAGGGAGUGAGCUAGUCAAAGAACUUGCUGAUGGUGAACCUGGGCAGCUUGCAGCUUACAAUAGUGAUCUGUUUACUCAAGUAAUUGAAGAAUGUAAUAGCCAUUUCCUUCAUCUUGAAUCCCUGCUUAGGUCUGGUCCCGUUGAAAGUUCUACUAGCCAACCAUCUGAAGAUGCUGAUUACUAUGGUUCUCUGAUUCAUCUCCGGUCUUUAAUCCGCAAUAAACGCUGUCUGAUGGCUUAUGUAUACAAUCGAGCAGAAGUUAUUCGUAGUUUAGGAUGGACCCUUGAGCGGGUACUCCCAGAAGAAAUUGAGGAGAAGCUGAGUAGUUCAGAGAAGGAGUAUUUCAAGAAUCAUUCUAAAGCUAUACAGGAGUACAUGUCAAAACUUGAUCUUGACUUGGGAGUGGAUAUGGUGCCACCGAAAGAUCCCUACAUCAAAGUGAGGGUCCUCGAGGACAUUGGUACUGUUGUGCUGAGUGAUCAGUUAGCUAACCUAGCUCGGCAUGCAAUUCUGUUUCUUAGAAGAACUGACGCAGAGCAGUAUAUAGCGCAGGGCUUAAUGGAGGAGCUCACAAGUUGAUUGGUGGUUUUUUUUUUUUUUUUUAAUAAUUCAUUGACAUACAAAGAUAUCACUGUUACCAUGACUAUAGAGUGUGUGUGACUGCAGGGAGCUGACGAAUUAGUUCCUAGAGAUUGCUAGUGGCUUCUGUAAUUGUAAUUGAUGGUAAUUUAUGGAGUGUAUAAAACUGUUUACCUCACAAAAUAGGAACAGGUGAUAAUAUUCUAAAACUUGUUCAGUAAAGCCAAGCCUUUAAAGGCUCGACCAAUGUUGGGCCUAAGUGUUUUCA